GGUCCGUCUAUAGAAGUCUAUGGUCAUCACAUAUGGCCGCCACCCAAUUUCCCCUCACCGCGCUCGCUUGGGUCCCUUCGUCCUAAAUCCUACAUUACGCUCCGUCCAUAUAUUCUUACGUCCAUGCAACUGGCAGUGAGUGAAACUUGUACUACGUAAAACAGCUACUAAGCCAAGGACAAAUAAAAAGUCAAGAUGACAUUUAGUUGGUGGUUGGUUUGGCCACAUUGACCGAAAUAUAAUAUAAAUUUGGUUACUAAUAAGUGAGGAGCUAUAACGUUUCUCUCGUGACUCUUGUAGAUCGACGCAAUAACCCGACGAGUGAUUACCCAAUGAGCGUACAAGUUUUAUGAGAAAAUGUACUGUUCCCACAAAGACUGUACACCCAUUGGAUUAUUGCGCGUUGCGUUGAUUAGAACCACUAUGCUCCACGACCAACAAGUACGGAAUCAGUCGACUAUGUAGUCGAGACGUGACGCUGUGUCGACCGUACGAGUGAUAAAGAAUUCUACGCUCGCCGCGUAUCAUACACGCGAUCUCAUACGCGCAGUAUACACCGAUUCUUCGUAUAUAAGCGAACGGCUCUUAAGUUAAGAUACAGUGUUCGGCAACAUGCUGAAAGCGAACGACGCAGCGAGAAUGUUGGACGGCGAUUCUUGUGCAAUUUGUUUGCAGGAAGUGGAAAAAUUGCUGAAAGCCAAAAAAACAUGGAGCUCGCAGAUGUGUAUCGAAUUUAACAGUGUCUGUUACUCGGUUCGUUGCAAUCGCAAAGAUAAUAACGAGAAAACGAUUUUACGGGAUGUAACGGGGCAUUUCGAACCGGGAAAAGUGACUGUAAUAAUUGGUCCUUCUGGUGCGGGAAAGACCAGCCUGCUGAAAAUCGUAUCAGGCAAACGAUUGACCGAUGUUAAGGGCACUGUCACCAUAAACGGCGUCAAAUGGGACAUGGGAAUGUUCCGUAAACAUGUGUGCUAUGUGCCGCAACAAUUCGAUCUAUUGCCGUUUCUCACGACGAAAGAGACUCUCUACUUAGCGACUCGACUGAAACUCGACGCUAAUCAAAGCAACCAAGUGAUUUGUUCAGUUGUAAGUAACAUAUAAAUACAAAAGACGCGUUCCAAGCGCUAUACAAAAAUAUA